CCCCGCUUCUCAGUAAGGUGAGCACGUUCACUUUGAAAGGGACUUCAUAAGGAGGACAAGCCGACAUCGGAACCGCCGAAUCCCCACGUCUAGUCCGUGGAACUGUGCGUACAAAGACCCGUAAAAGAAGGAAAAAGGAGACUCCCUUAAUUACAAGAACCGCGGUGGAGUUGCUGGGACUUGGCGGGCGUUCAGACUCCGGUAACCGACGAUGCUGAAGUGAAACGGAAUAAGCUUCAUUCAACUCGCUGGACUUCUUCCUUGUUUUUUUUUUUUUGGCACCGGAGUGCGACCCCACUAACUAACCAAACAAGUGUGUCCACUGAAGGUAGAACGGAUCUUCCUUUUCUUUUCUAAAAUAAAUUUUAAAAAAAUGCACUUCCAGCCUUGCUCCGAGGUGGCUCGCAAGUGUUGUCCAGGGAAGUGACUGACAGCUCGGCCACAGCUGCGCGUAAUCACCCGCUCCCUCCUUUCACCUCCACGGAAGUCCAUUUCUAUUCCUUUCAUUUUGUCGGGAUUCGUAAAAAGUUGAACCCCGUUUUUGAAAAGGCAAAGGGAUGAUUAUUUUUAUGUGUCAUUUAUGAUUUUUUUUGGAGACAUUUCUUGGAACUUCACGAGGGGGCACAAGCGCUCUAGCUUGGCCGGGGAGAGGACGCUGGUCGGCGGCGUGAUAACCCGGGCAGGGACCGCCAACAUCCAUCAGAUUAAGAUCAAGGCAGCCCUCGGAGGGACUGCACCCUAGAAGGGUCCACUCAUUCUGGGAUUAAACCACCACCUUUCCUGGGGAAUUCUACCAUGUCAGGUGCAGGGGAUUGCACAUGGUCGCUCCUCAUCUGUGUGAUGGCGCUCUCAUGUGCUCUCGCAGGGAAUGUCUCCCCGACCAGUUCCGACGGCCUCUUCGGCUCCUCGGCGGCGACGGCCCGUCCUACGCCCCCCAACGUCUACCUGCCGGCCAACUUCAAAAUGUCCAACGCGCAGCUCGCCUUCUUUCUGCGCGAGGCUCAGGUCUCGGGACAAAACGCGGGAGCCAGCGGCGGUCCCAGCGGCGGACACCCUCUGCAGCGCUCCGAGAGUUUUGUGGUUUUCCAGACAAAGGACCUCCCCGCCAUCAACAUCAGCUUUGGGCCUUUUGCCCGGGACCAGUCGCUGUCUAAGGAGUUGCUUCAGCCAACCAGUCCGCUGGACAUUCCUGGCCAGCUGACCGUCAACUGGAAGGUGCGAGCCUUCAUUGUCCAGUCGAGGGUGUUCUCCAACAACCCCGCGGUGCAGGUGUUUUUCUACAUCGCCGGCCGGGAUUGGGACGACUUCAAGGCUCAGGACAAGCUGCCGUGCGUCCGCCUGCAUGCCUUCCGCGACGUCCGGGAGAUUAAAACGUCGUGCCGCAUGAAAGGCAACCUGGCGCAGUGUUUGGCCCAGCUGGAGUUGCCGGCGACCUGGUUUAACGCCAACGUGGCGCCGCUGGGUCGCCGGAAAGGCUCCGGGGACGGACUCCUGGACGGGCUCACCGGCGAGACCCUCCAGACAGAGCUCUACUACACGCUGCACGAGCCCAACGCGGAGGGCGAGUGCGGCGAGACCUCGGGCCACAGGGCCGGCGGAGGGUCCAGGGGGGAGCCUAUGUCGCAGCACCCCCUGCUGCGCAUCGGCAGCAUCAGCCUGUAUCAGGCCAGCCAGGAGCAGCUGCUGGUGGACAAGCAGCUGGACAAGAACAUGUUCCUCAGGCUGCCAGAGAAGCCUCUCAAGCCUGGAGAGACACUCAGGAUCUUCUUGUACUUGAUGCCCAACUCCUCUGUAGAGCAGUUCACCCUCAAGGUGAAGGCCAAGAAAGGGGUGAACCUGAUCCAGACCAAGUCGAAGAACGCCCAAUGGAAGGUGGAGUGGGAGGUCCUGUCGGGCGCCAAGCAUUCCAUCACCACCAUCGACGUGAGCAAGAACAGAGGCGUUAAACAAGGGGACAUUUUGGGGAACGCCGAGGUGAUGCAGUUGGACUUCGAGAUGGAGAACUUCACUAGCCUGUCGGUGACCAGACGCAUCAACUGGAACAUCGACUACAAGGGCCAGAGUCCGCCAAGCGAGUCGGAGAAGGUGGUGACCGAGUUGACGGUCGUGCAACGGGACAUCCAGGCCAUCCUCCCUCUGGCCAUGGACACUGAGAUAAUCAACACGGCCAUCCUGACGGGCCGCACGGUGGCCAUCCCCGUCAAGAUGGUCUCCAUAGAGAUGAACGGCGCGGUCACGGACGUCUCGGCCUUCGUGCAGUGCAAGUCGUCCAACGAAGACAUCGUUAAGGUCUCCAUGAAUUGUGACUACGUGUUCGUCAACGGCAAGGAGACGCGGGGCUCCAUGAACGCCAGGGUCAUCUUCAGCUACGAGCACCUGAGCGCGCCCCUGGAGCUGACCGUGUGGGUGCCCAAGCUGCCCCUGCAGGUGGAGCUGUCGGACAACAACCUGAGCUUCAUCAAGGGAUGGAGGGUGCCCAUUCUGCCCGACAGAAGGAGCACCAGAGACAGCGACGCGGACGAGGAUGACGACGAGCGCCGGGUGAGCCGAGGAUGCACCCUGCAGUACCAGCGGGCCCUGGUGAAAGUUCUGACGCAGUUCCACACCACGUCCACCGAGGGCACGGACCAAGUCAUCACCAUGCUGGGACCCGACUGGCAGGUGGACGUCACGGACCUGGUCCAGGACUCGCUGAAGGUGGCCGACCCCCGGAUAGCGGAGCUGGUGGACAGGACGAUCUUGGUGGGCCUGGAGUUGGGUUCCACCGCGUUAAAGGUGGACUCUCCGCUGGCUGUGGACGCCGUGCUGGGACAGACGGCCUUCUCUGUCACGGACGACAAGGUUUCCAUCACCGAGCUCCGCGUCCACGCCGUUUCGGGCCUGACCCUGACGCUGCAGCCCAGCCCGGGCAACAGCCACACCAUGGUUGCCAAGGCGACGGGUCUGCAGACGCUCACCGCUCCCAAACAGGAGGCCAGUCUGUCCGUCUGGAUGUUCUUCAGCGACAACACGGCCGCCACGCUGACUUACUUCGAUCCCAAAGACUACAACUUCAACGCCUCCUCGCUGGACGACAAGGUGGCGUCGGUGUCCCAGGAGCCCCAGCAGCGUUGGCCCGUGGUGGUGGCGGAAGGCGAGGGCUCCGGCGAGGUGGUGCGCGUGGAGAUGACCAUCGGCGAGGCCUGCCAGAAGACCAAGCGCAAGAGCGUCAUCGCCUCGGCCGGCGUCCACGUCAAGGUCCGCUUCGGCCCGGAGGACGACUCCGAAGAGGAGGUGACCACCGAGGGGGAGGCGGAGUCGGCCCCCGUUACCCGGCGCCCCAUCCUGGAUCCCAACGUAAGCGGGCGGAUUCACGAGACGUCCAACGAGCAGCCCGCCAGCGUUCCCAUCGAUUACACCAACUUCCCCACCAUCAGCAACCAGGAGCCGCCCACUGAGAUGGACGAGGAGGAAGAGGACGAGGACGACGACUUCGUACACUCGCGUCGCAACAUGACCGACCUGGAGAUCGGCAUGUACGCCCUCCUGGGCGUCUUCUGCCUCGCCAUCUUGGUCUUCCUCAUCAACUGCAUCGUCUUCGUGCUCAAGUACCGCCACAAGCGGAUCCCCCCGGAAGGCCAGGCCAACAUGGACCACUCCCACCACUGGGUCUUCCUGGGCAACGGCCAGCCGCUGCGGGCGCAGUGCGACCUGUCGCCGCAGCAGGCGGAGAGCCCCGGCAACCCCCUGGAGGGCGUCCAGACCUGCUGCCACGGCGACCACCACAGCAGCGGCAGCUCCCAGACCAGCGUGCAGAGCCAGGUGCACGGGCGCGGCGACGGCAGCUCCGGCGGCUCCACCAAGGAGAACGGCGAGGACGCCAGCUCGCCCACGUCCAAGCGCAAGCGGGUCAAGUUCACCACCUUCACCACGCUGCCCACCGAGGACCUGCCCUACAACUCCAUCCCCGUCGCCGACGAGGAGGACAUCCAGUGGGUGUGCCAGGACAUGGGCUUCCAGGACCCCGAGGAACUGCACGACUACAUGCGCAGAAUAAAAGAAAUCGCCUGAGAGCCGAGGCGCCGCGCUCUGCUUUUUACCCCUUCUCCCCCCUUCCCCCUCCGCCCCCCCCUCCCGCCGCAGUGGAAGACGAAAAACCUUUCACGGACUCGGUAAGUUUUGCUUUGUUCCGUUCGUUUUUUUGCACAGUGCUGUGAUCUUCGACACGCUCACACUCGCCACUGAGGAGCAACAAAAAAAAAAAAAAAAGAAAUUAUAUUUAAAAAAAAGGAAGUGAGGACGCAGAAGGAAGCCAAAGACGGACGAUCUUGAAGAUCUAAGCCAGGCGCUCGCUUCUUUGGGCUUCAGUGGAAGUGGACGCGAGCAAAGAGGCCUUUGAUGAACACUACAGAAACACUCUCAUUAAAGGCUAAACUUCUUUAUUCGAUUUUUUUUUUUUUUUUUUUUUUUUGCCAAAGUAGGUAAAAGAGUCAACGGCGGUACUUUUCCGUCAUCGUCCUUUUGUGUCAGCUGCACAGAUAUCAUUUGUACUCAUCGCUUACAUUUUUCUACACGCCGCCGCACUCCUUCCACUCGUCACUCCUACAACGGUACGUACGGUAGGGAAGGGGUCAUACGGCCACAUUUCUGGGAGGCAAUGCAGUCUGCUGAAAAUGGUGGGAAGUGCCACUCCCAAGUUGGAAACGCCACAAAACGCAUUGUAAGAUACUCAACACAAUGUGGAUAGUGCAACCCUCUCUCCACACACACACACACAAUUUGUCACGUUUCACGUGUCAGGUCAACCGUGGCAUAUGAAUCCCUUUCCUACUGGCCCCAGGACAGUUCCGAUGCCUUACAAACACACACACACACAGGUCACGGCGCACCGGUAGCGCGUGUGUGCGUGUAGCGUCUUACCCCGUAGCAAGCAGCUCUGUGCGUGGCGAGGAUCUUUGCAUGGACGGCGUCACUUACGACUAUUAUUUAUUGUUAUUAUUAUGAUUAUGAUUAUUGCCAUUUUCUUCACCCAAAUUUGUAAAUGUGGUAAGAAUAUACUCAUGCAUUAUGCGCAUGCCAUGAAGAUGUCACAUACAUGCAAACAUUCCUCUCUGCUGUGUAUAUAUCGACAUAUAUACAGAAAUACAGUAUAUCUAAGACAGCUGCUUGCACUGACAAAAAAGCGCCAUGAAAAUUGUAGCUGUUUAUUUUAUAUUUUUUAUUAAUUUUUAUUUUUUUUUAAAGAACUGUUUGACUGUUUUUUUCCCAUCCCCCGAAAAUUUUUUCUAAUGUCAGCGUUAAUCCCCAAGAAGGCCAGCGGAGAGACGUAGUGUGUGUUGGUGUUUUUGGUCGUCAUCUUUUGUCGUUUUUUUUUUUUACAAAGUAUUCGGAUGCAAACGACAGACGUGUGUCGUGUAAUCCUGGGUGAAAUGUAAUCCCCGAGUACAAACAGCAACCUGAGUGAUGAUGUCAUCUGGGUGACCUGGGUAAUGUGCAAGCUAGGUUGUGUGCCGUCGCACAUGUCACUAAUAAUCUUGGUGACGUUUUCAAAAAAAAUGUUGUGUAUUUGGUACUUUUAGAGUGACAGACCGAAUUCCGCCUGUACUACCGGGUAGCGAGUCACGGACAAAUUUACAGUGCCAUAGAGCGUCGCGCCCGUUUGGCAUACCAGUCGGCACCGACUCAAACACUUGGCAGGGAAACGAGCACUCAAAACAGACUCAGUCGGAUUGCUUCAGGUGUCAAAGUCAAGGCCCAGGGGCCACAUCUGGCCCGCUGUAUCAUAUGGAAUUAAUUAAUUAAUUAAUUAAUAAGUGUCUUUUCUCACUAAAUGUAGCCGACUAUUCAUUCUUUUUCUCACUAAAUGUAGUCGACUAUUCAUUCUGACAGAAAAAGAAUACAUGUAAUGCAUGCCAUUUUUUUUUAAUCUUUUGAAAUUGAUCCAAAAUUGCAACAAAUAUUAUGUUAUCCUACAUUCCUAAAAAAAAAGGUUUUGUUCAAAUCAAAAUAAGUACUUAGAUAUCUGCUUGAGUCACGAUUUUAAAACAAUUUAUUCCUUCAAAAAAAUAUAUUUUACGAUAAAAACAUUUUUAAUGUUUUUUUAUUUAUUUAUUAAUCAGUCCAACAAAAUAAUACACACUUUUUAUUUUUUUAUUUUUAAUUUUUUAUUAACCAGUCCAACAAAAUAAUACACAAUCAUACCAUAAUAAUACAAUUCCAAUUCCAGAACCAAACCCAGCCCAGCAACAUUCAGAAUAGCAAUCAACAGAGCAAUUGAGAAUGGAAAUGGCAAAAUGGCUUAUUAAUAAAAACUUAAUUAAAAAAAAAAAAAAAAAAAAAAAACCUGUGGCAAUACACCGUAAAAACAAAAAAAAGGAGAUUUUACAAUCAAGACAUUAAUACUAAUAAUUUUAUUUUCAUUUUUAUGCUGUAAAGAAAAACAUUGUACAUUUUACGGUAAAAUUUUGGCUACUGAGCUGUGAGGUUUGUUUUUCUUUACUGUAAAAUCUACAGAUUAGUUUACAGUGUACGUAAAAUAUAUAUAUACAAUUAAUAAAUAAUUGUAUAAUGACAUCAUAAGACAAUUUAUAUGUUAGUUUCCAUGCCAACCAAGCAAGUAUGCCUGAUAGAAAACGAUCAAAAGUGAGGCUGCUUUUUUCAAAAUGGCUUGAUGCUAAUUUACUAACUAGCGUUAGCGAUCUUACGACACUUCCAAAUUUGGCGACGAAAACUACAUCUUAAAAGCACAUUACAAUCAAAACAGCUGGUGUGUACAAUACUUAUAGUACGAACACUUUUUAGGGAUCAACAAAAGAUAAAACUGGCACAUUCCACUAUAGGGCAAAGACAUUAUUCUUAUUUUGUGUGUGUUUUUAUUUUACUAAACCAAUAAUAAAACAACACAUCAUAGGAAAGCAAUUUGUUGACACACUUUCGUAUCUUCUGCGGUUUUUGGAGACAUGAAUGUGAGUCAAAGAUCCUCUAUAUGACAGUACGCUCGAUGCUGCGUAAUUUGUAACAUGGAAUCCCCGUGAAAACAACAUAGGAAAUAUGGCCAUGACGUCAUCCGGGUUGCACCUAACUUGGUUUGCACAUCGUCCAGGUGGAGUGUAAAACGGCCGCCUAUGUAAAACAUAAGUUACAAAUGACAUGUUCUACUGUAACGUUUCAUCUGGACUACAUGUCAUCUGUCGUUUAAAUAAUCUGUAUUGGGUGUUAUCCCUGUGGAUUUAUCUCAGGUUGCUGAGGACAUUUCGAAAUAACACGGCUUCGGAAAGCCAGCAAAAUAAAUACACGACAAAAUUGCUAAAUUGUGCUUUUAAUCGCCGUUGCGCUCCGUAUUCUUCAGUUGUGAGCUGAGAGCGUUUUGAAGGUUCUUUAAUAUCCUUUUUUUUUAUUCCACACACCAUGAGACAAAACUGUUGUUUUUUAGACCGCUUUAAGGGCUUGGGUAAGUCUCAAGGCGGACUGGGACACCGUCUUCGUGCUGAGAAAGAACCACAUUUUGGUCUCUGUUGCACCUGUGGAUUCUUUAAAGACCCAAUCCAGAUUUGUUGAAGCAAAAACAAGCUCUGCAUUUUUGCUCUUUAAAAAUCGGCUCUAUUUGAUUUGAAGGACAACACGUCCAUUUCAUUUAGUCCGGAAAGCUCUUUUCCCCGACAAACAUGCGCCCUGAGAGCGCCUGACCUCCACCAAAUCCAAUUUAAAAAAAAACAGCCAUUUUUUACAUUUAAUGGAUCGGCUCUCGCUUUUUGUCGACCACGGCAGCUUUUCAAUAAACUUUGCUGCAAGAACUAUAAAUAAAUAACCAAACUGCUUUUUUUUUUUUUUUUUUUUCAAAAACACAAACAUGUACAGUCACGGUCAAAAGUUUACGUACACUUGUAAAGAAAA